ACCGAUCGCUGAACUCACAACGGAGAUGGCUAAGCUUUUAAGAGAUGUUAAGGUUUUUUUCACCAAAGACAUUAAUUUGGAAAGAAAAGGGUCGCCCAUUUCUCCCUCGACCUGGACGAAGGCAAAUGAGAGAAUUCUAUGUUAUCUUGGGUUCUGUAGAGACACGCUUCAUUACAAAGACAUCAGCCCAGAUCUAUUUUUAAGAACACGGUUACUCGAAAGGUAUCUGGAUUAUUUAAAGACGGACAGGAAGCUUGCAUCGUCUACCCUAGCCAAUCACGCUGCCUCCUUGAUCUACCCAGCAAAAUUCUUGAACCGAGAACACGCCGUCACCCUCUACAGGGAUGUCAAAGUCGUUUCGCAGCUGAGGGGUGCCUGCAAUGCGUUUCAGAGGCAGGCCCGCGCUGCGCAGCCCACGCAAGAGGACCUUGUCAAUGCAAAUAAGUGGUUGCCAUGGGAUGAGGUGAUUCAUUGUGUGGACAUGCAGACAGAAAGAUUUGACAUGGCACGCUCACAGAGUGCCAAGGCUAGGGAGAGCAGGAAUCUGCUGUCGAUCGCGCUUUUCGUAUUGAUACCUCCUUCCAGAGGACAAGAGAUCCGGACACUGCGAAUUGCCCCGUCCGUUGACAGAGAACACGUCCAGGAACUGAAUUCAUUAGUCUUGAAUUCAGAUGGCACCCUCAUGUUCAGAUUCGAGGAUUACAAAACAUAUGGCUCUCAUGGGGUUGAUGUCACAAAUUUGCCAGAAGAUCACAGAUUGAACGUCAUCAUAAGGGAAUAUCUGGACAAAUACAGAGAUAUUCUUCUCGACGCCUCUGACGAUGGCACAACCAACAAUUUUCUUCUCCUGACAGAUAAAGGAAAACCCUUUAGUGGUCCCGCAUUCUCAACCCACAUGAAGUCUGUCUUUUACCACCUAACAGGAGUGAGUGUCAACUUGCACCUUCUGAGAAGCUCCUUCGUGACUUAUUGUUAUGGGGACAGCCAGUGCACCGACGCAAUGAAAGACAGUUUGGCGUCGGCCUUGAGACACACAAGGAAGCAAGCUCAACUCACCUAUGACCGUAGAAAUCAUUAA